CCGCCGCCCGCUGCGGGGAUGUGUGAUUGCCAUGGCGAGGCGGCUCUUCCCGGGGGCCUGGCUGAGAAAGCCCCACUCCGCGCAGGUACGUUUGUCGUACGUGCGCAUGAAGUAUCUCUUCAUCUCUUGGUUGGUAGUGUUUAUUGGCAGCUGGGUUAUGUAUGUUCAGUACUCCACCUACACAGAGCUAUGCAGAGGACAUGACUGUAGGAAAAUAAUAUGUGAUAAAUACAAGACUGGAGUUAUUGAUGGGUCAGCAUGUAGUAGUCUUUGUGCUAAAGAAACAUUGUAUUUUGGAAAAUGUUUGUCAACAAAGCCCAACAAUCAGAUGUACUUAGGAAUCUGGGGAAAUCUGCAAAGUGUUAUAAAAUGCCAGAUGGAGGAAGCUGCUCAACUUGAUUUUGGUACUGACCCAGAACCAAGGAAGGAAGUAGUCCUAUUUGAUAAACCAACAAGAGGAACCACUGUUGAGAAAUUCAAAGAAAUGGUAUAUGGUCUUUUUAAAGCAAAAUUGGGUGAACAAGGAAAUCUUCCAGAACUGGUUAAUCUCAUCCUGUCUUUUGCUGAUGGAAACAAAGAUGGCAGAGUCUCUUUGCCAGAGGCGAAAUCUGCAUGGGCACUUCUGCAGCUAGAGGAGUUUCUGUUAAUGGUGAUCCUCCAGGAUAAAGAACAUACUCCCAAGUUGAUGGGUUUUUGUGGGGAUCUCUAUGUGACGGAAAGAGUUGAAUAUACCUCUCUCUAUGGAAUCAGCCUUCCAUGGAUUAUAGAACUUUUCAUUCCCUCUGGCUUCAGAAGAAGCAUGGACCAAUGGUUCACUCCAUCAUGGCCAAGAAAGGCAAAAAUAGCUAUAGGGCUUUUAGAAUUUGUGGAAGAUAUUUUCCAUGGACCUUAUGGAAACUUUCUUAUGUGUGAUACAAGUGCCAAAAACUUGGGAUAUAAUGAGAAAUAUGAUUUGAAAAUGAUGGACAUGAGAAAAAUUGUGCCAGAAAUGAAUUUGAAGGAAAUAAUUAAAGAUCGUCAGUGUGACUCAGAUUUGGACUGCAUUUAUGGCACAGACUGUAGAACACUAUGUGACCAAAGCAAAAUGAGAUGUACCACAGAAGUAAUUCAGCCAAACUUGGCAAAAGCCUGUCAGCUACUUAAAGACUAUCUGCUUCGUGGUGCUCCUUCUGAUAUCCAUGAAGAAUUAGAAAAACAACUGUACUUAUGUAUUGCCCUUAAAGUCACAGCAAAUCAGAUGGAAAUGGAGCAUUCUUUAAUACUCAAUAACUUAAAAACUUUACUGUGGAAGAAAAUUUCUCAUACAAAUGAUUCUUAGCUUCUUCACCAGCAAAGGGAGUAUUGAUGCCUGCCAUUAGAGGUGGUCUGCCACAUUUGAUAAAAACAAUCUGCACCUUUUUUAAAAGAUAUUUCUUUACUCAGAUUUUAUUAAUGGUUCUUUCACUCUUGCCCUUCAGUAAGUACCUUAUGACAGGGCUUCUCAAAGAAUGAACAUGCCACCGAAUGAUCGGGCAGAGGCCAGAAGUACUUCUGGUGUUCAGUGCUGUGUUAUGGAAACAAAAACUCUGCAUGCUUGACCGUUCUGUGCACUUUGUCAGAUCUUGAACAGGAUGAAAGUAUUCACUGUGCCACCACAUCAGGAGAUGGAACAUCUUACAAUUCUGUGAAAAUCACUGCUCACUUGUGAAAUACCUGCGAAGGAUUUUUAUCCCGAGUAGUUUUCUGAAGAAUCAACACUACUGCAAAUAAUGUGUCCAAGUCCAAGCUGCUGUUACGAAUAAACUGAAUUGUGAGAUUGAAGUUUACUAAUAUCUUGGCAUGGCAGAAUUUGCACAUUAAUAAUUUUUUAACUGUGGAAAAUUAGAAUUUUAUUCUAGAAUGGGCAGGUUGUAAUAUAAGACUUAAAUCAGAUUCUGUUUACACAUUUGUUACCUCAUGCUUACAUCCUGAAUGUUUAAGUAGUUCAACACUUCUUAAUUAAGUCACUGUAUGGUGAACCAGGGUGGGGGCCAAGAAUUUUAGAAUGUUAUUUCUUAAAAUCAUCUAUGUGGUCUAGCAGCAAUACCAGCAUCCAUUUCAAAACCUGUAAAUUGUUGUAUUUCAGUUGAAAUCUUUAACCCAAAUUAAGGUGUAGCAAAUUUUGAAAAGUAAGGAGUUUGUGGACUAAGCUAUUGUAUGAAAACUGAAGUUAAUUAAUUUUCAAAAAUACUGAUAGCAGAAGUGUGCUACCAGUUAAAAAACGGAAGCUUGCAUAGGGUGGGAAUCUGCUGUGUAAUAUGAGAAAGAAGUUAAUAGUUAUGCAUAGUCUUGACUCUUUACUGUCCCUCCAAAUUUAGCUAGACUUUUACUUACUUCUUGCAGUAGAUCAAGAAGAUUUAUGUGAGAGCUAGACCUGAACUGCAGGACAGAAGCUGGAUUGUUCAGGACCAUGGAAUAUUGCUUAAAUUGGAUGAGAUAGUAACAGCUAGGAAAGAGCUGGAAAGUAAGUGAGCUGCAGUGUGUUACUGUUACCCUUUUUUUUCUAGUAGCAUCUAUGAGUCAUUGUUAAGUCUCAAGUAAAUAAACACCAUCUGAUCCUGGCACUCCACAUGGCAUGACCACUCUACCACCUUUAUUAUCCCCUUGCUGCUCUUCAGAUUUACAUCUGUGUUCAUAAUCUUGCAGAAUUGGAGGUCCAUAAAACACCUUGAUACUGUGCUCAGUUCUUAUCUGUUAAUGUUUAAUUUAUAGAUGCUUUAGGUAUAAAGUUGUUCAAUCCAUAUGAUUUUAAAGCCGGUCAUCCAUAUUACUACUGAAUCCUGGCCCCUUAAUUCAUUUUCAGCUUUAUUUAAAUAUCUGAAAGGUUAAUUGCUUUAGGUAUCCUGUCUUAAAUGCAAUCCUUGAAUGAUUAAACUGAAGUACUAGGCCACAAUAAAGUCACAUCUUCUUACCCUAUGUGAUAAUAUGCAGCUUGGGUUAAGAGAGUACUGUUUUGUGAACAGCGGCUUUAUUUAAGAAAUACUGUGCUCAUGCUAAUUCUUGUCUCAAACUUGCUACUGUGCUCCAACCACAAACUAAUAAGUAUUUGUAACCAGCAAUGCACUCAAGUGUAAAGUGGUCAUGUUCUUGGUGAAAAAAAUCUGAGUGAUGGCUGAGAGGUUUUGGGCAGAGAAGAUUCCUGCCGUUAACAACUGGAAAACAUGUUUAAUGUGAUUUGUUGUACAGAACCUUCAUAUUUAUUGCUGUUGCAUCAAGUUGAAGCUUUUGUUGGAACAAAACGCUUGUUUACAAUAAAUCACAGGCCUCCUUUUCUCUUUCAA